CCAAGAUGAAGAAAAACGCCAUCUUCAUCAACACAAGCAAAGGAGGAGUGGUUAAUCAGGAGGAUCUGUAUGAAGCCCUGUCCACUGGUCUGAUCGCUGGAGCCGGGCUGGAUGUCACCACACCUGAACCGCUGCCCACACACCAUCCUCUUUACACACUCAAAAACUGCGUGAUUCUUCCCCACAUUGCCAGUGCUUCCUACAUGACACGGAACUCCAUGUCUGCUCUUGCCGCCAACAACCUGCUGGCUGGACUCAGAGGAGAACCCAUGCCUAAAGAACUCAAGCUGUAGAACUAGACAACCAAAUUGAAAAUUCAGAAUUUUUUUUUUUUUUAAUGGGACACAGAGAAUUUUCCAUACGAGAACAGCUCAUAGAGACCUGUCCAAGGCCU